GCCGUCACCAGUGGCAUGACCUUCCAGGACUAUGGAAGGUCGUGAAGACCACAGAAUAGGACCGCAAAAGUCAUUGUUCUUGAGAAGUUUACUGGCCGAGUUCUGCAUUUCGAUGAUGAUAUUAUUCUCUUUUUGGUCCAGGUUUUUGUUUUUCUAUCGCCAAGCGCUUGACGCUAACGAAGGCCCAAGCAGCGGCGCACCCAAUAACAUAAAGCUCACGCUCAAAACCAUCGUCUAGUCAAUUAUGGACGCCGUACCUAUGGAAGACGUGGUCACGGUCAACACUGUAUCAAUGCCCACGAAGCCGAGUUCUUUCCUGAAACCCCUAAAUCACAAUGUCGAGAGAACUGAAUAUUACCCUCAACGGAGCCUUCACCUGGAAAGCGAUCCAGAUGGCAAUGUGAAGUGUCCAUACUGUUCGGCAGUGAGGUGCAGGGUACCUGAUAUGAAACGGCACAUCCGGGGACACCGUUCUAAUUCAGCACCGCUCAGGUGUAGUCUCUGUAACCCGAUACGAGAGUUUCGUUCUGUAGGCGCAUUCUGGAGACACCAGCGCUCCCACAAAAUCAAGGUUGAGCAGCAAGCAGUCUUUGCUUCUAGUAAUGUGAAUCAGCAGGUUAUGGAUAUUGACAUGUAACUUUGACAAGCAUCUUAGACUUUCAAUGAACUUAUCUAUCCCCC